CAUUACUUCAUUCAGUUUUUCUUCAUACAUUUUGUUGAAGUUUAAGUCGGUCAAUCAAUCAAUCAAUCAAUCUUGUAUUGGAUUUAUAAACAAAAUGCAGGUUACAAAUCUAUUCUUUUACCUGUUGAUUGUGGCAAGUUUACUCUUGUUCAGUGCACCAGUAGCUGAAUCAACAUUCCUGUUCUUCGCCUGCUUGCGUAGAUCACCACUUUGUCCAUUCCGCACAACUACUACAACUACCACCACACCAGCUCCUUAGAAACAUGGAUGUAGUUUAAUAUAAUCAAAAUAAUAAAUGAAAUAAUAUAUUAAUUGCAAGAAAAUAAUUAAAAA